GUUGGCUGGAACUCCAGGUAAAACUUAUUGUGUAGGUAAAUUAUAGGUAGACAUUGAUUUUACACCAGGCCUACUGAGUGGAACAGGACAGUUUACUGUGUACUGGUAUGAACCACAAACCAUGGCCAAAGAGACAUGAACAAGCUCUAUGUCAGCUUUAUUGAAAGUGUUGGUGUUGAGGUGUAGACCCUGCGUUUAGAAGGUUUGCUGAGACAGAGGAGGCAAACACACCCAGACCCACCUGACAGUGCCAGGAGAUAGUUAUAGACGCUGUGGUACAGGUGCCACAUGAAAUCAAUUCUCACACUGUUCAUUAAGAAGAAGUUAAGAAGAAUUGAAAGGUGAUAAAAGAAAAAAACACACAACUUUGACAAAAAGUUUUCAUGUAUUUCAUCAAGCAAAAUGGUGAAAACAUUUCAAGCCUACCUGCCCAACAAAUGUCACCGUACCUAUAGCUGUGUGCACUGUCGAGCUCAUCUGGCUAACCAUGAUGAGCUGAUAUCCAAGUCAUUCCAGGGUAGCCAGGGAAGAGCAUACCUGUUCAACUCCGUGGUAAAUGUGGAGUGUGGGCCAGCAGAGGAGAGAGUACUACUCACGGGUCUUCAUGCUGUGGCCGACAUAUUCUGUGAAUGCUGUAAAACCACCCUAGGGUGGAAAUAUGAACAUGCGUUUGAGUCUAGUCAGAAGUACAAAGAGGGAAAGUUCAUCAUAGAACUGGCACACAUGAUAAAGGACAAUGGAUGGGACUGAUAGGUAUAUAGGGAGGGGUACACCUCCCGUUUGUCUUGUAGUGGGGGAACAAGGACCUAUACUAUAAGGAAUUCCCCAUCAUAGACUGGCCUCAUUGUUCAUCAACCUGUGCUAAUAGGACCAACGCAUAUAAUCACACAGAACUUGCGACCUCCAUGAAGGUCACUUUAUGUGAAGGACCUUUCAAAUGGUCACUGGAUUUUUUUAGAGCUGUGAAAGGUUUUGAUGAUCUGUUAGAGAUAUUUUAAGGAAGGCCUUUGAAGACUUUUUUGAGAUAUUUUAAGGAAGGCCUUUCAAGACUUUGGUGACCUUCGAGGAAAGGUGAGAUCAAGGACCUUUGAGAGGAAUUCUUGACCUUAACAUGUUGAUCUUAUGAAGAAGUGGCCGCCUUGGAUUUUCUCAGAUUUGUGGCAUCAUUGCUAGUAACGCUGUAUUAUGUUUUCAAGGCAAGACAUGUUCCAGCAUAAGUGAGCAAGGGCUGAAGUGACCUUGACUGGUGACCUUGUAAAACUCUAUGUCACAACUUUUACCUUCAGUGUGGACCAUGUCACAUUAGUGUGACCCGUCUCACCAGGUGUUUGUGGACCAUUCUCACCGGGUGUGUGUGGACCCUUCUAACCGGGUGUGUGGACCCUUCUCACCGGGUGUGUGGGGGCCUUUCUCCUUUCUCACCGGUGUUUGGGGACCUUUUCUCACCGGGUGUAUGUGGACCCCUCUCACCGGGUGUAUGGACCCUUCUCAUCGGUGUGUGUAUGGACCCUUCUCACCGGGUGUGUGGGGACCUUUCUCACCGGGUGUGUGGAGCCCUCUCAACGGGUGUGUGGGGUCCUUUCUCACCGGGUGUGUAUGGACCCUUCUCACCGGGUGUGUAUGGACCUUUCUCACCGGGUGUGUGGGGACCUUUCUCACCGGGUGUGUGGAGCCCUCUCGACGGGUGUGUGGGGUCCUUUCUCACCGGGUGUGUAUGGAACCUUCUCAUCAGUGUGUGUAUGGACCCUUCUCACCGGGUGUGUGGGGACCUUUCUCACCGGAUGUGUAUGGACCCUUCUCAUCGGUGUGUGUAUGGACCUUUCUCACCGGGUGUGUGUAUGGACCCUUCUCAUCGGUGUGUGUGUGGUCCCUUCUCAUCAGUGUGUGAACCAUCCUCACCGGGUGUGUCAGCACGUCAGUUGAUGUCUAACUACAUAUAAAUGUAACAUUGAGUAAGCUAGAUUUGUAUAUAGGUAUAUAUUAUACACUUGUGUGUAAACAUACCUACCAUUUUCAAGUCAUCAAAAAUGUGAGAAUGUGUGUGUGCAUCACAUCAAAUCCAUAGUUUUGUAGUGCAUAGACAGUGAUGUUCUAUAGAUCUCUGCAUAGAUUUAAAGAAAUUUGUUACCAGGAAAACAUGGAGCAUACUGGUAGACGUUAUUUGGAAAAUUGAGUUAUAUUUUUUCUUGUCUCAAGCAUAUUUAGAUUUUGUCUGAGAACCAUCAUAAAGCUACAAUUGUCUUGUUUUUCCUACUUAAGUUGUCUGUCUUUGUUUAGGGAUGCUGGUGAUUUACAACAAUCAUACAAAAUAUUAAUAUUUGUAAUAUAUAAUGUAUUUGUGGUAAAACUGAAUUCAGUAGAAAAUGCAAAUUUUAAAAGUGUCAAGAUCUGAUAUGGAUUAGAUAUACUCUAUCUUGUUUGCAUGUUUUCAUGGUAACAUCUGUCUUUUUAUUCAUUAUAAAAUAACAUCUCUAAAAUCAGUUUUUAUAUUAAUAUGGUUUAAAUUGAGGAUUAUUAUGCUGUGAUAAUGUAUUAUAAACAAAAUUGAUCACAUGACAAUAGGCACAAAAUACAACAAUCAUUAGCAGUGGAAUAUAACAGUCAUAUGAGUGAAAACAUGUUAAAACAUCCUACAGAGGAACUGAAAGGCAUUGACCAUCAAUGUUUGAUUCCAAUUGGUAUUUUGUGUAUGUUUGAAAACGAACCAGUGUCUAUCAUGGUAUGUCAUCCAGUGUAUCAUGGUAUGCGAUGCUUUUUGAAUAUAUUUGUGUUUACUGCCCAGUCUCUGGUAGUUGUCAUUAGAUUACAGUUAAGCGAGGGAAACGAUGUGCUGGUCCAAGUUUCUCCGAUGUUUCUGAGCUUAUAUUUUACCUUAACUUCAGUAAUGCUGUGCCUAUAUAAGGAAAUAUCAUUUAAGUCAUAAUUGUUUCAUAAAACUGAAGCCUGGAUGUUACACAAGAUUUCUGUAGAUAUGUUUGGCCUAAUGUGUGUGAUUUAGUGCUCUCGUUCCUUGGGGCAGUGAGAAUCUGUGAUAUUUAUAUAAUGUGAGUGCAUGAGGGAAAUAUAACAGUUGGUAGGUACCGAUCUCGUACUCAUGAAAUUCUCAGGUAUAAUACAUCUGUUUGCAGGAGGCAAAGUGUUAUGAUUUUCCAAGAGUUCGUGGGAAAGGGGCAUAAUUUCAUUAUAGUUGAGUUUGUUGGGGAGGGGAUGUAACUCUAACUGCCAUGGAAAUUACUAGUGCUAAAUAUAACUUUGGGACAGCUGUGAAGACACAGUGCUAUAUUUAGAAUGAGAAAUUUUAUAAAUAUUAACUUUGGUUAUUUAAUAUAAAUUACUAUGGUAAAUGUAUUUCUGAUGUAUAAAUAACUGUCAAAACUAUAAUGUGAAAGAAUAUCCAUAAUAAAAAAAGAAACCAGAGUUUAGGAUUUUCUGCUUGGUAUAAUAAUUAACCCUGAAGAAUUUUUACUGACUUGAUACAAUUAGUAAGUCAGAAGAACAUCUGUGAUGAAAACUAAUAAAUCACUCCGGAGAAGUGAUAUAAAAAGCCAUAUCAUGUUUUUAUAUGUGUUAAGUGUGUUUUAAUGUCUUUGUAUAAAUCAUGUGAAGUUAAAAAAUCAACAACUAAGAUGUUUUAAUUACAAAGCUCUUUGUAAAAAGGUGUUUUAUGCAUUUGAAACUUUUAACAAGUUUUUUUUUCAUCUUUUCAUUAAUGUACUUACUGAGAAGUAAUAUUUGUGAAUCGCUUGAUGAACACUGCUAGCUACCAUCAGUUUGUGAUGUGAGUACAUGCAGACAUAGAGUAUUAACAUGAUGUGUAUAGAUCAUCAUUAGAUAUGAUGGAGUAUGAUUACUUAUGUACAAAUGAGUAUUUCAUCGAUCAUGUUUGUGGUUUAAUGGUUAGUUGUAGCUUGUGUAAAGUGGAAACAUUUGUACAUGUAUAUGACAUAAACAGUAUCUGUUUGAAUGGCAAUAGAGCUACCGUAUUAUGUAGAAAAGUUUUGCUAAUUAAGAAAACCAAAAAUAAAAAUUUUAUAUGUAGAGUGUUAGGAACAGGUUUGGAUCUCUGUUUCCAAACAUCUAUUAACACUUACUCACGAUUGCUACAUUUCAUCAUGCCUCAGUUAAAAUUUUACACUCUUUGGUAAAUAAUUAAUAUAAAUUGCCAUAUUAAGUCAGAAAUUUAAUGGCGUUCCAUUCAUCAAAAAUAGAUUAUCUGUAUAAGAAGGUUUUUAUUUUUCCUAUUGUUGUCACAAAAAUUAGAUACAGAGCUCGAGAAUGUAAAACUACUAGAGCAGUUUUAAGAUCUUUUGAAGUUCUGACCUUUGAUUGAUGUUUUAAUGUGGUAUAUAGUGUAUGACAUAUAGUGGUAAAAGUCAGUGGUUAAUUACCAAACGAUGUAGUGUUUUCAGUGUUUUAUAGUGAUAAAAAUGUAUUUUUCAGUGGCUAAAAGUGAUAUUAAUAUAGUGUGUUCUUCAGUGACUAAAUGUGAUAUUUGUAGUACGACUGUGUUGAUGACAAAUUAUGUGGUGUACUACUAGUUUAAUUGAUAUCUUACAAUCUGUUCAUUUCCAUAUUUUUUUUUGAAGUGCAAUAAAUAUUCUCCCAUACAAGCUAAAACAUUUGGGGCUCAAACCUUUAUCAAUCAACAUGUUCAUUUUUUGUAUAUAAAUUUUCAUUAGACAAUUUUUCACCGUUUCAGAUUGUAUGAAAAUUUUUUGGAGGAUUUGAGAAUAGGUGUUGAGAUGAAAAUGUGACCAGGUCAUUCUGAAGACAAUUUGUGAUAAAAGUUAUUUAUUUUUCCAGAAAAAGAAAACAAUGCUUUCAACGUUUUUCACAAUGUAUAUGUUUUCUAUUGUUUUUUUGUAACAUCAAGUUAUGUAAAUAUUGCUAUAUGGUUGCUUUCAGUGUUAAUAAUUGGUCUUGUUCUUGUAUGCUGUAUUCAUUUACUUCAGACAUAUUCGAUCAAGCCCUAUAUGUUGUUUACGUUUGUAAUAUUUAUAUCUAAAUUUAGUUGUUACUAUAACAGUACAGGAACGUUGUGUUAGUAUCACAGCUACACUUCAUCAGAUUUAAGUAGAUCCUUAACAUAAGUUUGUAACCUGAAGUAACAUUGUUUAAGUGGGAUGUGUUUGAGAAGCAUAGAAAUCUGUCAACAUUGUUUAAUGAUUUCAAUCUAUAAAAGAAAAAAAAAUCGAACUUUUAUCAAUAUAUAUGUCAACAAUCUCGCUCCAUUGGAGUUGCCUCCCUUCCACUGCUUUUAUAAUGGUCAUGGUCACUAUAUAGUGAUAGUAUCGGCUAGAACUCAUCAUUUACUUCACUGGAUUAUAUUCUACCUGAAAAGGAAGUUGCAUUUAAAUUCACAUAUUUGAAGGACGGUUCCUUCAUAUACACAAUUAGCCUAUAUAUGUAUGUUUAUAAUUAUGGAAACUCAAUAUUCUCAAUAUAAUAUAUAUAAUAUUCUGAUUAAAGUAAACCAAAGUCUUUCAUAAAAGUAAAACAUUUGCAACAUAACAAAACACUCAAAUAGAAAAUGAAAUAGGAAUUAAACAUAUAAUAAUAACGUCUGUUAUUUACAAUUUUCAGUCCAUUUCAGACACAGUUUAAUGUAUAUGUCAGAGCUGUAAUUGACUAUUAUUAGGUUAUGUUGAACCAUGAUAAUUCUGCUCUUGAAAGUAUUUUCAGCUGUGUAUUACAUAAUUUAUACCGUCAGUUUGGGUAGUUAAUUAGUAAUUAAUGUUACAUUAUUAAAAUUCAACAAACAAUUUAUUUUGUUCUUACCCACAGGGUCUUGGCACAAAUUCCAAACCUACAGUACAUACAUAUGUAUGAUAUAUAUAUGGACCUUAGUCGGAAAUUCAGGCCAAAUCUCUGUAGUUUUGCCAAUAUAUUGUUUGAUCACCCUACACAACAGCUAAUUUACAAACAGUAUAUUCUUAUGCUUUGCUGUCGUUGAUGUACAAUUAGUGUCCUGUGUUUUACUUACCUAGCAGAUGACGUACAAUGGUAUGUCACGCUUACCUAGCAGAUGACGUACUAUGGUAUGUCACACUUACCUAGUAGAUGACAUACUAUGGUAUGUCACACUUACCUAGCAGAUAUCGUACGAUGGUAUGUCAUACUUACCUAGCAGAUGACGUACUAUGGUAUGUCACACUUACCUAGCAGAUGAUGUACUAUGGUAUGUCACACUUACCUAACAGAUGACGUACGAUGGUAUGUCACACUUACCUAGCAGAUGACGUACUAUGGUAUGUCACACUUACCUAGCAGAUAUUGUACGAUGGUAUGUCACGCUUACCUAGCAGAUGACGUACUAUGGUAUGUCACACUUACCUAGCAGAUAUUGUACGAUGGUAUGUCACGCUUACCUAGCAGAUGACGUACGAUGGUAUGUCACACUUACCUAGCAGAUGACGUACGAUGGUAUGUCACACUUACCUAACAGAUGACAUACUAUGGUAUGUCACACUUACCUAGCAGAUGACGUACUAUGGUAUGUCACACUUACCUAGCAGAUAUUGUACAAUGGUAUGUCACACUUACCUAGCAGAUGACGUACGAUGGUAUGUCACGCUUGCCUUGUAAAUAACAUACUAUGUCACGCUUGCCUAGCAGAUGACGUUUUAUAUCACUCUUGACUAACUGAUGACAUACUACAUCAUGCUUGAUGUCACCUGUGUUAAUAUAAGUCACAUGUAUGUAGAUGAUUGUAACUGGUGGUAUCUUAGUGGAUACUACUAUAACAAAGGUCCAUGUACCAAAAUCACGUCACUUUUCCACUAUCACCAUUUCAUUUUAUGAUGUUAUAAGUCACCAACUUGUUAAUCAAGUCUUGUAUCUGUUAUGAUUUAGGUGAUGUACAUAGGAGAUGUAUGGAUACUUAUGUUUUGUUAAUGCAAUGUUCAAUUUUUUGUCUCCAAGUUUUGUUAGUGUUUAACAGAAAUGCUUUAUUAUAUUGUUUUGCGUGUUAUUGUGAUUAGUACUAUUUCCCUAUGUUGUCUUUCAUAUUACUUAUCGUUAGUACAUUGAUGUACGGCCAUGAGGCCAUUGUGGAUUGGGUGGACAAUCCUUGGUUACCACAGCGGCCCUGUUUGUAUGAUACUAUAUAUAUAGUACCGACCAGGGAACUGUGAGGUAACUGAUUUGUAUAGUAUAACAUUAACUUAUACAUUGUCAUGACAUUUUAGCUUGACGGCUUGCAAUAAAUACAUUUUAAAACAAAA